CUGAUGCGUUUCCACAAACAUGUCUAUCGACUGCAAGCUCUGAGUUGCCAACCGCUCGACUCAGUCUCUACCAACUUGCAGCCCUCGUUCAAGCAGGUAUGGACAACUUUCUCAACACGCAACUGCAUCCCGCAGACACCUGCAACAUCGUUACGUAGUGGUCCCUAGACCGAACCCGCGUGCACCCUUCGAUGUCGCCUCCAUUUGGAAAGCACUGUGCGAUCAGCCGCCCGAACGCCUCCACGCCUUCAUGAUGAAGGUAUGGUCUGGGUUGGAAAUCCUUUGGCAACGAGAGCCCACCGGUGCCUUCACAGUAAUCUCUGUACUCGAUCAAGCCAUCAUCCCUGCCCUCAUCAACACUGCACAUCGCACCAACGCGCCCGACGACCGGCGGCAGGACUCUCUUUUGGAUUGCUACAAUCUCGUGGCCGCAUCUUGGGACUCCCUGGGCCGCCCCAAUAUAGCGACUGGUCUCGCGAUCCCGCUGGUUCGGCUUGCACGUUUGAUGGCCAGCGGAGGCGCUGUGCUACCGAAAUGGCUGACCACGAACCCACGCGCAAACAGGCUAGUUUGGCGCGCAAAUGCCUGUCUACCCAUCGGCGAAGUAGACAUAUCGUGGCGCUACAUCAUCGAAGCUUCUCAACAGAUAGAGUCGCCUCAUUUCCCCUUGCUACACCUCUAUACCGUGUUUAUCAGCCAGGGUAUCGCACACUUCCCUGCACCGAGGCCAUAUCCAACCAAGCGCCAUGAGAUCAUGAAUCUUGUGGUUGAGCGUUGUUGUACGAAGAUUGGCGGGGGAGGUGCGGCUUGGAAGGGCAAGCCGGGCGACGAGCUCAAGGAUGUUCUGGUGGGGGUAUACGACGAGUUGCGAAGGCAGCAGCUGGGAAAGAGCCGGAUGAGUCUGCGAGGUCACGACGGAGAGGAUGCGCUGGUCAAGGGCAUAUGGGCCCUCGCUGGCUGGGGCGGCAGAAGAGGUAACGCGCGCUGAUGGCAUUGCGAAUGUGGUCUUAUAUCGAGUCAGAGACGGAACUACUUUGCAUGCAUCCCUGAAUUGUUGAAGGAUACCAACAUGCCUUUCGAGUGACGAUGCUGGCCACUGGUCCCCGUUGGCGUGAUCCUUGAG